ACUUGCCAACCUACAAAUUGUUUGUUUUAGCGUGUAAACGUAAAUAUUAUAAUGAUAGCAGAGAGAUUGUCUGCGGAGUAUAAAAACUGUUCUCAACAAUUUACUGAACAACCGGUUGAUUAUAAUAGGCAGUACUGUAGCAUUUACCUCGCAAGAUUAAAAGAGUUUGAACCGCUAUUACUGAAAAGAAUUUCUAGCAAAUGGAAUGAUCAUUAUCCCAUAUGUAAAUUACACAAAUUGACGGAAGAAAAUUACGAAAAAUGCGUCGUUAUAGGAACUUUGUUCAAAGAUCAGAAAUUGAAACCGUCAGUCUUGAAGCAACUGGCAGAAGCUAAUAAUUUAGAUCCUCAACCUAUUUUGGCUCAUUUUACCGAUGAAUCUGAUAUUCUGUACAUGGAGGAUGAAGUGCAGCGUUAUCACAUUGUGGGAAACAUUAAUGAUAAAAAACUUAUCACGGGAAUCACCUGCGCUCUUUUGGGUAGGGAUGUAGGUAAAGGAAAAUUUGAGGUUGAAGAUCAUAUCUUUGCCGGCUAUAGAGAACAAAUAGGAAGGCCUCUUAUCUCCGAAUCUAUUUUUGUUCUUUUUCUUAGCGGAUUAGAUUUUUUUAAUCACGGAAAUAUUAUUCCCAACCUGCAGCUAUUGUAUUACUGGCUAACUGGAAUGUUGGGAGACAUAGACUCCGUUUCAAAAUUAUGUAGAAUCAUAAUAGCAGGUAAUAGCGUCAGAACAGAAGCCGAGAAGAUCAAACCUAGCAUAUCCAUGGUCUCUAGGAUCUCCCAGUCACCCGACUCUAUGGAUGCUGUCAAAUCAUUCGAUCAAUUUCUUAUGCAACUGUGUCAAUUAGUGGAAGUGGAUAUAAUGCCUGGGCAGUAUGAUCCUUCAAAUCACGUUUUGCCACAAAAACCUAUGCACCAUUGCAUGUUUCCAAAAGCUUCUGCAUACUUAACUUGCAACCAGGUUUCCAAUCCAUAUUUAUGUGAAAUUGCUGGUGUAAAAAUAUUGGGUACCUCUGGACAACCUGUUAGGGAUAUCAUGAGGUUUUCGGAGAUUAUUGAUCCUCUAGAAGUGAUGGAAAAUUGUCUAAAAUGGAAUCACAUAGCUCCCACAGCUCCAGAUACCUUAGGAUGUUUUCCAUAUUAUGACAAAGACCCAUUCAUUAUUGUAGAUUGUCCCCAUGUGUUUUUUUCGGGCAACCAAGAUAAAUUCUCUUACAGAAUGUGUAAAGGGAACGACGGUCAAAAAGUGUGUCUGCUUGCCCUGCCCCGGUUUAACGAAACUCUCCAAGCAGCAUUGUUGGACUUAAAGACUUUAGAUUGUAAGUCUAUUUCUUUCGAAGCCAAGUGAAGAUUAUUUUUGUCGUUUUGUAAUAAAAGACGAGGUAUCUUUUUAAAUGC